AAUGAAGAAUCGAAACUUAGCCUACAACUUUAUUACCCGUGAUGUGAUAGACGCCCAGGAAAUCCAAGCUGGAGGAAGCCUCUUCUCAACAAGAAAAACAACUGUGCCUGUCUGGAAUUACAAUGAAUUCUCAUAUGAAAUGCUCUAUGGAGAGGCUGGAGUGCCACUUCAAUUGGGAUCUGGGGUGCAACAAACAUAAGUUCAAAGAGUUACAGAGGAACAUGCAAGACAUUGAGCCACAGGGAAUCGCCUGGCUGGUCCACUAUUACAACCUGCUGGGCUUCAUCCAAAAGAGUCUUGGCUCUGACAGAGAGGCGCUGGAGUCCCUACAGAAAGCAGAAAGUGUGAUCCAGGAGCAGGGAACAGAAGAGACUGCAGUCCGGCUGCAGGUCAACAAAGCUAACCUGGCUUGGGUCUACUUCCAUUUGGGAGAGCUGGAGAAGAGCAGAGGAUACCUAGAAGAGCUGGAGGAGCUUCAGAGAAUUCAUCCUGCUCCACCUGGAUGCCCUUUACACCCUGAAGUGAGUGGAGAAAAGGGCUGGACGCUGGUGAAGUUCAACAAGUCCAAGAAGCACAAGGCCAUCGAUUACUUUAAGAUGGCUUUAGAAGCUGAACCUGAAAGGGAGGAAUGGCACAAAGGUCUUGCCUUAGCCAUGAAUAUGGCCUUUAUUGAUACUGAACAAACUCCAGAGCUGAAGGCUGAGAUUCUAGAGAAAGUGAAAACGGCAGCAGAGAUUGACCCAAACGAUCUGUUCCUUCAAUCUCUCUAUGUCUUAAAAAAGUCUGAGGUUAAAGGAGAAAAUGUUGAUGAGGAGAUUCAGAGUUUGCUGGAGAAAUCCAUCGAAACCAGAAACCCAAGUGGCUUGUCCAGUAUUUUUUAUUAUUAUAGAAAUAAUUCCACAGAAAAAGGUUUUUAUGAGGGAGAAAGGGUUCGAAAACAUUUUCCCACUUCCACAAAAGUUCUCAAAAUUGUGGCAAAUUUACACAAAUGGAAGGUUUACAACAUGAAGGCAGACACUGAGCAACGGGAGAAUUUGGCUAGGAAAUCCAUUGAGCUGUUUGAGGAGCUUCUCACUCAUUACCCUGAUCAUCUCAAAGUAAAGUUAGCCCUCGCAUCACUUCAUCAAUACGCACAUAACACUGAGAAAGCAAAUGAGAUUUACCAGCAGCUCCUGUCAGAGAUAGAUGAUGCCAUGCCUCAUCAUAGACGACAGCAACUAUACUAUUAUUACGCAAGUUUUCUAUAUCAUUCUAGAUCUAGACACUCCAGAGAUUCAGUUUUCUUUUACAUGAAAGCUGCAGCAGUCCCGGAAAUGACAGGUCGCAGACAAAAGAGCAUUAAGAUUCUUGAAAAAAUUAUUAGCAGAGGCCGAGACCCUCGCUGUGCAGAAAUUCAGCAUUUUCUUGAGGGACUCGUGAGUUCUGAUUAAAAUGUGCUUCAGAAAAACAGCUUGUGCUUAACUGGAUGCCCUGUAACCUCCAGAGCCAGUUCACUGUAUGUACUUUAAUAAGAACUUCAUGAAGGUGAAUCACGUUUUUAUUGCAUCUGAAAACUACAGUUUAGAUACGAGACAUAAAAUGCUUUUAUUUCUAAAAUGCUUACAGUAUGAUUGCAUAUUGAAUAAACAACUUUGCAACUUUAUAUUUUGCCAUUUAGAUGAACUAAUCCAGCUUUUUAACCCUUUCAUUCAUGGUGUCCACAUUUGUUUAAGGUUCAUUAAUCAUGGUAAUUUUUUCCAAACCACUUGAGGGCAGUGUCAGUAGACUGUCAGCUGUAUUGUCACAGUGGCUACUUUCUUGCAUUCCAGUUAUUCUUUCUUUGCUUGAUGACAUCAUUAAUUCAAGAUGGCUGACAGUGAUGGCCAUGUGCUAAAUGCCUCAGGCAUAUCUGUGAAAAACUUUUAUUCAAGCUUUAAAAAAAUCAGUAUGUACAGUCAGUAUGUACAUCAGUAUAACGAAUAUGUUUUUAUAUGAGUAUGAAUUUAUAAAAUAACAUUUUAAGUAAAAUCUAGUUUUUAUUCACUAAAAACUAACUGUCCACAUAUGUGGACGCCACUGCGCACUACUUAUAUAUAAAAGUACUAUUAUUAUUGUUCCUACAAUAUGUUUUUCAUUGUUUUUAUAUUGUACUAUUAUUGUUUUUAAUAAAUGAGCAGAUAUGAAUAGAAUAACAGGCCAUUAAAAAAAUCACAAUAUUUCAUAUUGUCAGCUCUCUGUCUUUAUGUCCCAUUUAACACCUUUGUUGCAUAGUGUCCAUGUAUGUGGACAGGUAAAUAAAUUUAAAAUAAAAUUUUGUAAAAAUGAAAA